AUGAUAACUCAGAACAACUACGUUCCUAGUGUUGUACUUAUGGAAAUCGAUGAUUGGGAGAGAACAACUAUUGAAAAGGUGAAAACCGUCGCUGAACAAGCUCGACAACAGCUCAUCAAAUUACCAAAGUCAAAGAAAGUGGAAACAGAAUCUCGAUUUGAGAAAUUUUGUCAAGAUCUCAUUUCACUAAAAGAAACUGGUGAUUUCGUCGAGCACGAUUUAAAAUACCUCCAACAAACAGUCGAUCAACUCAAUCAAGAUCUAAAACGAUUAACUGAAUCAUUUGAACUCGAGUUAUGCACAGAGCAGAGUAAUCAGAUAAAAUGGGAUACUCUCAUUUAUAUUAAAGAAAAGCCUACUUACACCGAAUGUCUUCAACCACAAGUAAAUGAGAAAAAUCAAACUAUGCUACAAGUGACACUCGAUUGUCACGGUCAUACUUGUCCAAAAUGUAAUAAGUGUUGUGAUUGGAAGAAUCGUGUGAAGCGUGGUGAUGCCACUUGUUAUCGUGCUGGUGUUGGCCCUGGUCAUAUGGGUUAUUGUGAUUGUGUCGGUCAUUGUCAUUGUGGCUAUAAUGGUUAUAAUUAUCAUCCUUAUAGCGAUGUGUGUUGUUGUAUGGAGAAUAAAUAA